GCAUCUCGAUAAUAUCGCAUCUUUUGCUUGUAAAAUGGGUCUGAACGAUACCAUGAACUACGUACUCUUCAAUAAUCCUGUUUCCAGCACAAUGUGGUCGAUGGCUUCCCAAGGAGCGAAGGCCGUAGGACUGAAACCGAAAGCUAUCGCACAAACGGCAGCAACUCACACAACGACCGUGGCCCAACAGGCGUUACCUCCGCUGUGGAAGCUUCUCGGACACAACCGGCACAUCGUACGGCUGGCGGGAUUGUGCGGUGCGGCAGCCGUCGUUAUCGGUGCGUACGGGGCUCAUCAUCACUUCCUGUCGCAGGAAGAGCACCCGCAAGAACGCGAUCCGAAGCAAAUCUUUGAAAUGACCAACCGUUAUCAUUUCAUCCAUUCGCUGGCCCUUCUAGCGGCUCCAUUUGCACGUCGUCCGUACCUGACAACGGCUCUGCUGAUGUCGGGUAUGACGCUGUUUUGUGGAACGUGCUAUUACGUCGCCUUCACAAAUGAUCGCAGCGUGGUUCGGCUCACUCCCAUGGGUGGGUUCUUACUGAUCUUUGGAUGGCUGUCGUUCAUGAUUUAA